AUGACAGGGAAGCUGACUUGUCUUCUGGCCCUCACCUUCUUACUGUUUCGAGUGAAUCAGACCAGACUGAACAGCCCCAACUUUCUCAGACUGUCUUCACAGGUGAGGUGCUCCAGCCUUCUGACCAUCUUUGUGGCCUCCUCUGGCCUCAUUUCUUCUUAUGGGACCACUGAACGCAGCCCUGCAGAAAUUGCUGCUGAAACCCAGACAACACAAAAGAACACAACACUGAUGACAGCCAGAGUGCUUAGAGUUGUCCUACACACACAGAAUUCCCCAAGGCUUUUUGAACAGCCACUGCUAAGCAGUGCUGACACAUCUCUUCUCUUCUCUUCAUCAGAAAACAGUACUCAAAAUGGAACAAGUCCUGAGACAACAGUGCCAACAAGCCCAACACCUACAGAAAACAGUACUCAAAAUGGAACAAGUCCUGAGACAACAGUGCCAACAAGCCCAACACCUACAGAAAACAGUACCCAAAAUGGAACAAGUCCUGAGACAACAGUGCCAACAAGCCCAACACCUACAGAAAAAUGUCUCAUCUAUGAGAAUGUCCUUAUGAAGUUGGACUAUUGCCAUGGAGAUCCUUGUGGAAGAAAUUUGGCUACAUGUAUUUCCUUAAACAGCAAUUAUACCUGUGAGUGCAAAUAUGGAUUCUACUACAGCAAUCAGAAUUGUUAUAGAGGGAAAGCAUUCGCAGCAACCAUUGCAGUGAACGCAAAUUACACUGACAGCCUUCAAGAUGUAAAUUCUGCAGAGUAUGAAGAAAUGUUCAACAAGCUAUCACAAUUUUUUAGGGAGGCCUUAAGAAAUCUAACAGGCUAUGUAGAAACUGUCAUCGUGAAAAUUCAACCUCCAAGCAAAAGCAGAAAUGCUGUUCCAUUGAAUGUAACAGUGACAAACCUGUUCAUGUGGAACUCAACUGAAGAUAAGGGCAUGGUUGAUGCUGCAGUAACACAUGCAAUAAACAAUGCCUCCUAUGUCAAUUCUUAUCAAGCGGCAAAACAUUGUGAUAUUUAUCCAUGUGAUGCUAAAACCACAGACUGUCAAGAGGGCAUGUUUCCAGAAUGCAAAUGCAAAUCUGGUUUAGAAAAGACAGAAGGGGAUGAUCGUUCUUGUUCAGUUUGCAGUAAAAGCUGUUUUGAAGGGGCACACAAGUACUGUGUAAAAGAAGAGGUUCCAAGAUGCAAAUGUAUGGCUAACUUUAGAGAGGAGUCUGGAAAGUGUGUGGCUUGUUCAGUGGGCUACUCUGGGGAGGAAUGCACUGACAAUACUGAACUCAUCCUUAUAAUAGUGGGCACGGUGUUUGGAGCCAUUAUCCUGAGUUUAGUGAUAGCAAUCUCUAUUAUUUCAGUCAGGGCAAAAAACAAACGAAAUCCAGAGAUGAGGAGCCUGAUAAAGUCAGGCCAUUCUGAUAUGAAUACCUCUGAUGAUAGACCAAGCAUGUUCCCCAGGGUCCAGACUACUUCUGGCCACGCAAACCCAGGAUAUCAGCCAAACAACCCCUAUGAGAUGCGUUCCAAAAAUAGAGAUCAUUUUCCAGAGAGGGAUUAUGAUGAUAUGUAUGAAAUAUCACGGGAGCCUAGGGGCUUCAGGACACAGAGCAGAUAUUGA